CUAUAAAGACGAUGUUGCUAAUCAAAAAGAGUUACAAAUAAAUAAUUAUUUGCAAGCUAUGAUAUCGUUCGUUGAUGUUUUGUCCGGAUUUACCACAAUUGCUUACGUGGAUUAUCAACCUAGAGAUACACCUGAAUGUACUGGUAUAGCUACGGGAUUAUCCUUCUUCCCGCAAUUGUAUCUUUUCCUAACAGUUAUGAUAGCAUUCAAUUUACAAAUAGUGUUUCUUCAUAGUAAAAAAGUAUCAUCAUUUUCGGAUCGAUGGUAUAUUCCCGCUGCAUUAUUAAUGGCUCUUGCUACAAAUAUUCCACCUUUAGUUUAUAAUAGAUUUGGUUAUGAUACCGACACAAGAACUUGCAUUUACCGUAAUACGUUUAGCAAAGAAACAAAUUGGUGGAGGUUAGCAACUUUUAUCAUACCUGUAGCUUCAUCAAUGAUCUAUUGUACUACGGUUUUAGUAAUUGUAGUAUGUAAAUUGAUUUUUGAACACCGACAAUUAGUUGAAGCAAUUCCUAGUCAAAGUAGCGCAACUUUAUCCGCUAAAGCUAAAAGGCAAAAACUUUUGUUAUUAAAAUUAGUAAGCAGAAUUUCUCUAUAUGCGGCAAUUCCUCUCCUUACUGUUUGUGGUAUUAUAGUGAAUUAUACUUGGAAUUCUAUUCAUGGAAAUCAUAAAAAUUAUUCUCCACCAAAACCACUAAUUUAUUGGUCUACUAUUGGAACUUGUUUGCCAGGUUUUUUUAAUUUUAUCGCGUUUCUAUUUGACCCUGCAAUUCAUAACGCGUUCCGAAAAGUUAAAAAAGAUCUUAUUGAAAAAUAUGGUUACUCAAAAAAUCCUUUAAAAGCUACGAGUUCACUAAAUAGUCCUCCUAUGUCUCCUAUGUCUCCUAUGUCAACUAUAUCUCAAUCACGAAAUUCAACAAAUUCACCGAAAUCACCUAAAUCACCUCAAAGUUCUUCACCUUUUCCGCCUUCACAAACAUAUCAUCCACCAUCUUCACCAAAUAUAACACGAAUCACAAUUUCUCCAGCUUCUCCAAUUUCUUCACAUUUGAGCAUGAACAAUUCUCAAAUUAGUCCAGAAAAUAUGGGACGAAAAAAGGAAAAAUUUUCCUUCUUAAGAUGGUUUGUCCGAACAUUCUUAGAAAAAAAGGAGAACCAGCCUACGAUCUCCAUAACAUCUCCAAGCAUGCUUUCUACAAGUCUUAGUUCUGAUCAAGAACAUAGAUAUAGCUCGGUAACGAUUAAUUCCGGAACAAUAUCUGGGCAAAGUGAUGGUCAUGAUUAUAGGGUUGAACCAGGUAGUCCCCUCGACAACCGUUACUAGUAAUCCUUCUACCUCUAAUGCAACAACUAAUUUUGGAGAUAAUUCUCGUCUACUGUAUGAACAACAUUCUUUUAAUAAUAAUGGCUCG